AUGGGUCACUAUGUCCUCAGAGUAGAUUUCACCCUCGCCAAGGUGCUCACGAUUAUGGACGUUUGCUUUCCAGGAUGUAAUGAUCUUUACGUACGCAAACGCAACACUUCUAAUGCGCGCCCCACGAACAAAACUAUGCAGAACUCUCUUGGACUCUAUAUGCGGAGUUUAAACAACCCACUUGGACAAACCAGAGGAAAUUGGUUCUUCAAUUUGGGUCUGUUCUUCAAUUUGGAAUUUGAAGAGGUGCGAUGGAGGAAGAAUUGGGAGAAUUUAAAGAUUUUGAAGUGGUUGAUGAGUCUGCUUCAAGUGCUACGAGGAAAUUUAGAUGCACGACAUCUUCAGUGUGGACAGAAUUUGAUAAAUACAAGGAUGGUUCUGGGAAAGAAAGGGCAAAAUGUAAAAGGUGUGAUCACAACUAUCUUGCUGGAAAGAAAGGGUAAUUUCUUUCGUGUGCGUUGUGGAGCACACAUCUUGAAUCUGAUUGUUCAAGAUGGCUUGAAAGUUAUAGAUAAAGUUGUGCAUAACAUACGUGAAAGUGUUAAAUAUGUACGAGGUUCCGAUGCUAGAAAGUUGAGGUUUGUUGAAUGUCUUCGAGAACUUCCUUUCACAACAAGCAAGAAAGUUUGUCAAGAUAUGCCAACGAGAUGGAAUUCAACCUACACGAUGCUUGAGACUAGUCUCAAGCAUCGAUCUGCCUUUCUCCACUUGAGCAUGAUUGAUCCAUACAAUAAUACUUGUCCCUCGGAGGAGGAAUGGAAUAUUGCAGAGAAAAUAGCAAGGUUCUUGGAGCCAUUUUUUCAUAUCACUACUCUCUUUUCAGGCUCUUAUUAUCCUACUGCAAACUUGUACUUUCAUAGUGUGUGGAGAGUUCAAGUGCGCAUUUUGAAAGAAUUAGAAAGUGAGGAUCAAGUAAUUCAAGCAAUGGCAAAAGUUAUGAAAGAAAAAUUUGGUAAAUACUGGGAUUGUUAUAGUAUUGUGUUGUCGUUUGCUAUCAUUUUAGAUCCCCGAUACAAGUUACAGUUCGUUGAGUUUUGUUAUGAAAGGCUCUAUGGCAAUGAGGCGGUUAGUCGGGCGAAGAUUCUUCGUGACAAAUUAUAUGUCAUUUUUAAAGGAUAUUUGCAGCACUCUACUGGAAAUUCAAGCACUAUGGCACAAAUGUCAUCUUGUGGAACACCUGAUUGUGAUACUAGAGAUGAUCUUGAGGGUUUUGAUACAUUUAUGAGCCGACUUGUAGGUCCAAGUAUAAGCAAGUCACAAUUAGAUAUUUACUUGGAAGAGAGUAGACUUAACCAUAGGGAACAUGAGAACUUGAAUGUCCUUGGAUUUUGGAAAGAACAGUGUCAUCGUUUCCCAGAACUUUCCCUGAUGGCUCGUGAUAUACUGAGUAUUCCUAUAACUACAGUGGCCUCUGAUUCGGCAUUUAGUAUUGGUGGUCGCAUACUUGGUAAGUAUCGAACUUCUCUUUUACCACAAAAUGCCGAGGCUUUGCUAUGUUCCCGUGAUUGGUUAUUUGGAGUACCAGAUGCACAAGAUGAAGACGAACGCUUGGUGGAGGAUCUUGAGAACUUGUGCAUUUCUCAAUCGGAUGCACAUAUGGAUGAUGAGUAAAGUGGAGCUAAUUGGACAUCCAAAAACUCUGACAGAAAAACUUAUUCAGGAAGCCCUUUAGCGGUUGUUAGUACUGCUCAAUAUUUGAAAUUCAUAAUUCUCCAUUGUAGCAUCUCAAUUGUGGCCAGGAGGGUACUAGUUAUUGAGUCGAGUAUUUGUGAUUGCUUGUUUGAGUCUAUCGUGCAAUUGCUGGGUCUCAUCGGGAACUCCUACUGUUUUACUGUGUUAA